ACGUUGAAGCCUUGAAGCCUGCACCUUCCGUGGCACUUUUCAUUUUCUUACUCUUUCCCUUUAAAAUAUUUUCCCAGAAAAUCUCUCUUCAUUUCCCUACUCUCCUUUUAAGCCCUUCUCACUCCUUCCCCCAUCCCUCACACCUACACCCAUAGCAGCAGAGAGCGCCUCCCUCCUCCUCCUCCUCCUCCUUGAUCUUGUACAUACACACAAAAGAUCAGAAAACAAGAGAUGGGUUUUGCAAAGGAAGAGAAAUCAAUCAUCAGAGUUUUAAAGACUGUAUUCUUCUUGAUUGCUUUGUUAAUCUCUUUCCUUCUAUUUUCUGCUCCUGUUCUUCUUGUUAUAGCUGAUACUGUUCUUCCAUUUUCUCUUCUAUCUGCUUCUCUCUCUUCUUCUUCUUCUUCUUUAUCAUUUAAAACUCUCUCUUCCCAUUUCAGUAACUAUGAUUUCAGAUAUUCUCUCAUUGAUAUUCCCCUCAUAUCCAUCAUCAGAUCAUCAAUCAUCAUCUGUGUUUAUAGUUUCUGUGAUGGACCAAGGCUUUCAAGAGGGCCAUAUCUGGGGAUUACAGCUAUUUGUUCUGUGUUGUCUGUAAUUUAUGUUUCAUUGAAAGCUCCUUAUGUGUUCAGUGUUUCAAGAAUGAAUGAUGAAGGAGAAGGAGAAUAUUCAAAAGCCAUGGAAAUUGCUUUGUUCAUUUGCUCAUGGGUUUUAGCAAUUGCUCAUAUUGUUGUAGCAUAUAGAACAAGUUGCAAAGAAAGAAGAAAGCUUCUUGUUUACAAAAUUGACAUUGAAGCUGUUUCUGCUUGCAAGAAUGGAUUUCCAGGCUAUAAAAAGAUUCCAAAAGAAGAAAGAAUCAAGUGAUUUCAGCAGUAUUAAUCAAUGAAUUCAAGGACUAACAACAACAUUGCAAAGAUUUUUAUUUCUUCUUCUUAAGGAAAAAAAAAAUCAAAUUCUUCAGUGUCCAGUUGCAGGUAAUGGUCAAAAUCUCCUUUCUGUUCGUUAUGAAGCCAACGCCAACUGUUUGAUGUUGGUACUAAAUGAAUCACUGGGCAUUUUUUACGCACAGGCUUAUCCAAAGGCAACCUGCAAGCUUGAGAUUUACUGAAGAUUUCAAAACUAACAAAAGAGACUCUCAGUUCCUAGAAUUGUAUAUAUAAAGCUUUUUAAUCAUUUACAGAGUUGUGGAAUCCAGCAUUUAUUUUUAUUUUAUUUUCUCUCUCUCCUUUUUAAAUAAUUUAAAGUAUAAAAUAUAUAGAGCA